AUGGCUCCAACUGCCUUGGCAGUAAGCCAGAUCCAAGAUAUGAUUGAGAUCUCCGUCGGACUGGAAAAUGGUCACUUCAGCCUUUUCGUCUUGAAUCUUCGAACGUCACAGCUAGACUUGCAGUCCUCUCAUGUGGGCUCCAGUGGUGCUGCAAUAACAGCAAUGGCCCUCUCGUCGCCGUAUUUGAUGGUAGUAUCCCAGCACAAAGAUCUGAAUUUGUACAAUCUGCGACCUGGCAACCAUCAAGCAGGGGAAGCCGAGGCCUUCGAACCCCGCCAGGUUGCCUCCCUCAAAGCAGAUAACAUUGUUGCACCCAUGACACUAUCACUGAGAGUCUCAUCCUUUGAAAUCGUCGCUACUAUUGUGUAUAGUUUCUUCCACAUUGGCUGUGGGUGGUCUCUGGGAAUUCAAGAGUUGCGUCUAGGCAAAGAUGGACAACAGCUUGAUUCACGACUGGCUACUACAGUGGAUUCCCAAUAUGAAAUAACGCCCCUUCAAUCCAGAAAAAGGCGCUCCGAAUCCUUUGACGAUCAACCUCCCAUAACCCCUGGGACACCAUCUAUCCUACAUCAACAGCCUCCAACCUCUAUGUCUUAUUCCCAUCCAUAUUUGCUGACCUCCCAUUCCGAUAACACGUUGACUAUGUACCUUGUGGUAUCUACAUCGGAAAAUUUGUUCGUCCAAGGUGGCCGGCGACUUUGGGGACAUACCUCUUCCGUAUCUGCUGUUCAGGUGACCAACCGCGGGAAAGCUAUCUCUGUAAGCUCUCGGGGGGAUGAGAUUCGAAUAUGGGAGUUGGAGACGGCAAUAUCAUCUCUGGGCAGCCGCAGAUUCUUUGAGGAGAACAGUGUUCAGCUCAACGCUGGGAAUAAGUCGGAGUCAGGAAAGAUUUACCACAAUUUGAGUGUAAAUGUGGAAUCGCAAGGAUUGACUCUGCCUAUCGGGUUUGAUGAAGAACGGGUACUUCUUCUUCGAGAAAAGACCGGAACACAGCUACUUGAAUGUUACGACUUUACCUAA